AUCGAUCUGUAAGUGGCCGACUUACAGAUUCGUAAAUAUUGCUAUUCUGGAAUUGUUCCUGUAACUAUCUCAGUUACAGUGUUACUUUUGAACUACUUAUCGAUAAAUAUAACCUGCAAUCGUAAGUUUUGAUCAUAGAACCCAUAUGUUUUAAGUCUAUGAUUUCAAUUCGAAUAUUUGAAUGUUAUUGUUGAGUACCAGUUGUUUCGUCUCUUUGUUAAUCAAAAAUAGGUAAGAAAAAAUGUCUAGUCCAUGCGUUGAUAUUUCAAUAGGCACUAAAAGAAAACGCACCAAAAAUACUAGUCGUGAGCAGAUGGAAAUUUAUCUACAAGCGAUGGAGAACGAUUAUGUUCUCCGAAGCAAUACAAUUAAUCCUACCUUGGGACCAACUUAUUUGCAGGAUAAAUGGGAUCAGCUGGCUCUAGAGCUGAAUUCUGCAGGUGAUGGUCCAAUUUUGACUGUAGAUGAAUGGAAAAAGAGAUUCACUGAUUGGAAAUAUUCACUGAAAGCAAAAAAAAGAAAAAUAGAAUCCCACCGGACAAAAACUGGUGGUGGUCCAAUGAUCAAAACCAUAUUGUCUGAAAUAGAGGAGAGAGCUUUAGAUGUUUGGGGUCGGGUAACAGUUGAAGGUGCUGAUGUUACGAGGUACGAGGGUAUAAAUGUAAAUAAUGAUCAAGUGCAGCCAAUUUUAAUUGAAGUAUUAAAUGAGGAAACAGUAACAUUAGAUGAGCAGGAAAAAGAGAAGGUGGAAGAGAGGAAAAAAAAUACUGUGAUUAAAAAAACCAAAGAGAAACCACUAUCGUUAUUAGCUGAAAAAUUAGUAACCGUGACUGAUGAAAACACGAAAAACCAAAAAAAUCUAGUCGAAGCUAUACAGAACUUUUCUAAAGAAUAUUGUGAUCUGCAGAGAAAAAAACUGGAAUUCAAGAUAAAAUCAUUUCAGUAUUCACAUCCCGAUUUCAAAAUGUAA